CCUGCCCUCACUUGUUGGGAGUGAAAAACCCAAGACUAGAAAACAGAGGCAGCACAUGCCCUGGGCCGCCUCUCUGAGAAGAUGCAUCGUCCUCCUCUCCCGCUGGUGCUCCUCCUCCUCUGCUGCAGAGCCCAGGCUGGGGAGAUCAUCGGGGGCACAGAGAGCAAGCCACACUCCCGCCCCUACAUGGCCUACCUGGAAAUUGUCACCUCGAGGGAGAAGCAGGUGGCUUGUGGUGGUUUCCUGAUAAGAAGGGACUUUGUGCUGACGGCUGCGCACUGUGCAGGAAGGUCUGUAACAGUCACCCUCGGAGCCCAUAACAUACAAAAGAAAGAAGACACAUGGCAGAGGCUUGAGGUCAUAAAACAGUUUCCUUACCCAAAAUAUGAGCCUGCUGGUCUCCACGACAUCAUGUUACUGAAGUUGGAGGAGAAAGCCAACCUGACCCUGGCCGUGGGGACACUUCCCCUUCCACCCCAUGUCACCUUCAUCCGUCCCGGGAGAAUGUGCCAGGUGGCUGGCUGGGGAAGAACAGGUGUGAAGGAACCAGCCUCCAGCACUCUGCAAGAGGUGAAGCUGAGACUCAUGGAGCCCCGGGCCUGUAGCCACUUCCCUGCUUUUGACCACAAUCUCCAGCUGUGUGUGGGCAAUCCCCAGAGCACAAAAUCUGCUUUUAAGGGAGACUCAGGGGGCCCUCUUCUGUGUGCUGGGGUGGCCCAGGGCAUUGUCUCCUAUGGACUGUUCAGUGCAAAGCCCCCCGCCGUCUUCACCCGGAUCUCCCCUUACCGGCCCUGGAUCGAUGAGGUCCUGAAAGAGAAUUAACCUGGAACCUGGGCCAGCCUGAGGGGAAACCAGAGCAGGACUCCGGCAGGUUCUCGGUGCCACUCACCCUGGAUCUGUCUCUGGUUUUCCUCUUAAAGCCCUGUCACGUCCCUAAUCCUCAGGAAGGCUGCUUCAGAUCAUAGAAUUUCCAAUAAAUCUCAGUGAAC